UCCCUCACUUCCUUUUUUGGGGAAGCUAUAGCCUGGGUGCUCCAUUCCUAGACACUGUCCUCACCUCUCCAGAGCCAGGGAAAACUGGAAGAGGCACCUGUUAGAGAAGGUACAAGACCGGGAAACCAAGGAGGAGGGAACUACCAACAAUGAGUGGCGAGGUGGCGGGACUCUGACCUGCUGGGCUGGAACGGACAGAGGGCCCAGGGCUGCUGAGCAUACUUUGGUCAGUGUCCUGGGACCACCUGAGGAUGCCUCCCUGGCUUCUUGUCAUCUCUACCCUGGUUCUCCUAGUGUGGGGUGUUUCCUCCUGGGAAAAACCACAAACUCAACAGAUAUCAGAUGGGCUGCAGCAACUGCUUGGCAACAUCUCCCAGCUCCUGGAGAAAGGCAAAUUGGGCCGUGAUGACGUCUUCGUCAUGGUCUCUCGUGAGGAAUGGGGGGCAAGAGCGACGGGCUGCCGCUCUGAGCUGAGCAGGCCAGCGAACGUCCUUGUCGUGCACCAUGUCCCCGGGCUAGAGUGCGACAACCAGACUGUCUGUACGCGGAAGCUUCAGGAACUGCAGGCCUAUCACAUCCACAGCAGCUGGUGUGAUGUGGCCUACAAUUUCCUGGUUGGGGAUGAUGGCAGAGUGUAUGAAGGCGUCGGCUGGAAUGUCCAAGGAUCACAUGACCAAGGCUACAACAACAUCUCCUUAGGCAUUGCCUUUUUUGGCACCCAGGAAGGCCACAGCCCCAGCCCUGUUGCUCUCUCAGCUCUGAAGGGCCUGAUUUCCCACGCCGUGAAAAAGGGCCACUUGUCACCCAAGUACAUCCAGCCACUUCUUGUGAAAAGUGAAAACUGCCUGGUCCCUCCACAGAAAGGGAGACAGAAGAAAGGUUGCCCCCGCAUUGUUCCACGGUCUGCUUGGGGUGCAAGAGAGGCGCACUGCUCCAAGAUGGCUCUCCCUGCAAAGUAUGCCAUCAUCCUUCACUCUGCUGGGAGAACCUGCAGUCAGCCGGAUGAGUGCCGCCUACUGGUCCGAGAUCUCCAGUCCUUGUUCCUGGACAGGCUGAACGCGUGUGACAUUGGGUAUAACUUCCUCAUAGGCCAAGAUGGUGGUGUUUAUGAAGGGGUGGGCUGGAAUAGCCAAGGCUCCCACACGGAGGGCUACAAUGACAUUGCUUUGAGCAUCACCUUCAUGGGCGUCUUCACAGGUUCCCCACCCAAUGCAGCUGCACUGGAAGCAGCCCAGGAUCUGAUCCAGUGUGCUGUGGACAAGGGGUACCUGACCCCCAACUACUUGCUAAUGGGCCACAGUGAUGUGUCCAAUACCCUGUCCCCUGGACAGGCAUUAUACAACAUCAUCAAGACAUGGCCUCAUUUCAAGCACUGAGGGAGGGUCCUAGCCCAUUCUGAGGAUGCUGUUCCUCCUGCUGGGUAUUCGUCCUUACCUUCCAUAUUAGAUUAGCAACAUUGUUCUCUCAUUUCAAAGCUUCACUUGGUUCAUUUCCUGGGUUAAGAUGACCAUAUCUUUUCUUGGUGAUAUCCACCACUGUCCCCCAAGUUUUGUACACAUAGUCCUGUAUUUGUCUUCUUAGCCAUGUGAGGUUCCCUAGUUAUCUGCCCUUCUACUUGGUACUCAGGCAUCUGUGGUUUGUCUGGCAGCUCCCAUUGCUCGUGCACAGCCCAGACAGGAUGUCCUCCCCUCCUCUGCUCACACACCCAUGUGUGCACAUGUGAGUACUCCUUUUAUUUAAGGGUUUAGGUUGCUUGAGGGCAUAACUACUCUCUUCUGGUUUGUGAAUUUCUUCCAGGGCAGCAGAUGAGUUUCCUCACCACCAGGUGGCCUAUGUCAACUCUGUGAUCUGUGUUUAAAUGCUAGUAGAUAUUAUAGACUUUUGUUGGAGAAAUGGAUAAGCAAGUUAAAGACCCCAGUCCUCCUCCAAAAGUGUGCCAUUAUCCCUUUGUGGAAGUCCUGUGGCCCAACACCCCCUCCUCCCAUUGUUCUCUGCACUGGAACUUCUUGGUUGGAGACUCGGAACUGGCUGUGGUGACGUGUCCAUAGCAGAUGCUGCGUCUCCACGGUUCCGUGACACUGUAUCCACAGAGUACCCUGAGUGCCAGAACCACACGCUCCUCCAAGGCCAAGGCAGACCUGUGCCAACACUUGCUACCCUGUGCCGUGGUCUACCUGUGCCCGAAUGAGUCCUGCUGGGCCGAUCCUGGGGCUGUGCAACUCUCCCUACCCUUGUUCUUUGUUGUGUUUAUUGGAAACACAUGAAACAUUGUUUUUCUCUGCGUUAUUCUGCAAAAUGCAAGGGAGAGUAAGAGGGAAACGGAAGAGAUGAAUAAAGGAAUAUAAUGUAGGGAGUGU